AUGACCAGCUUGGGUACCUUCUUGGAUGAUUGGCGAGCUGAGGUAGCUUCUGAGUCGAGAAACUCAGGUAAUCCACAGUUGCUAUUAACUAUGUCGGCCUACCGCUUGCCAAUUGUCGACUCAGUGAGUUAUCCUAUUGAUUCUGCAAAAAGAAACCUGGAUUGGGUAAAUAUAAUGGCAUAUGACUACUAUGUGCCAACACUAGACAGUGUUACUGGUUUUCAUGCAGCUUUAUAUGACCCAUCAGGAAGGGCCAACACUGAUGCUGGUAUUAGGGAAUGGUUAAACAAAGGAUUUCCUUCUGAAAAGCUGGUUUUGGGUUUGUCUUACGCAUGGAACCUUGUUAACUCGAUUGACAAUGGCAUUGGUUCAACAGCUUCCGGGCCAGCUGUCUCGCUUAACAGUAACCUGUGGUAUAUGUAUACCAUAUUAUUCCUUCAAAAUUAUGGUCAGGGUGUCGAAUCUGUGUAUAAUUCUACUUACGUGGUGAAUCUUUGUAAAAUCGGAUCGAAUUGGAUUAAUUUUGAUGAUGUAGAAGCCAUUAAAGCUAAGGUUUCUUAUGCCAAGGUGAAUAGCCUACUAGGUUACGAUGCCUUUGAACUCUCCAAUGACGAUAAUUGGGUGCUUUCACAAGCUGCUUACGAAACAGGCACCAGUCAGACAAACAGACUUCUCGUGAUUGUUCCGGUCACAAUUGCUUUAGUAGUUAUCUUGAUGGUAGCUAUCAUCUAUUACCUGCGAAAGAAGAUAUGCAAAUCACAAGAAUCAGACUAUCAGCUGAAAAAAAAGCAUGAAAACGGUGAUUCUAAUUCCCAAGUUUUCAGUUUCUCUAGCAUUAAAUCAGCUACAAAUAACUUUUCAAAUGAGAAUAAGCUUGGAGAGGGUGGAUAUGGACAUGUUUAUAAGGGGAAGUUACCAAAGAGGCAGGAAAUAGCAGUGAAGAGGCUCUCGAAAAGCUCAAAUCAAGGGGUUGAGGAAAUGAGGUCACUCUUACAUCUAGGCUUCAGCAUGUGA